AUCUGAUUUCUCUUCCGAUGCCGACCAUAGCCGCCGUGUCCGGCCACGCCGCUGCCGCAGGGUUCAUGAUGGCUUUGAGCCACGAUUAUGUGUUGAUGAGGAGAGACAAGGGAGUGAUCUACAUGAGCGAGCUCGAUAUUGGACUCAACUUCCCUGAUUACUUCAUGGCGUUGAUGAGGUCGAAGAUCAAUUCGCCGAUCGCCCGACGAAAAGUGGCGUUGGCAGCUGGGAAGGUGAAGGCGGACGAGGCGGUGAAGAUGGGGAUGAUCGAUUCGGCGCACGAUAGCUCAGAGGAGACGGUGGAGGCUGCGGUGCGCCUGGCGGAGCAGUUGACCGGGAGAAAUUGGGAUGGGGAGGUGUAUGCCGAUAUAAGAAAGUCUUCGUUUCCGGAGUUGUGUGAGGUGUUAGGGUUGAUUUACAAGGCCAAAGCGCCUUCGAAGCUUUGAAAUUUACUCUCAGAAGUGGGCAAGACUAUGUAGAGCAUACUUGGUGGAAGCAAGAUGGUUUUAUAAGAGAUACACACCUGGGAUGGAGGAGUAUUUGGCUAAGGCAUGUAUGUCAUUAUUGAUUUUAUCGUUCAAAAGUGAAUUUAUAUAACGUGUCUAUCAAACGUUGUUUCUGUUCUUUUCAUGUCCUAAAGACAUUUCUGGAAUAGUUUUACCAAA